AUGCGUCGUCCGAGGAAGGUCACUCCCGCUGUUCCGGCUCCUGCUGCAGCGACGGACUCACCGGCUGAUGCCACGUCCGCAUCCGAAGAUGAGGAGUUCGGAGGAUUCGACUCCUCCGACGGUGAGGAGCCUUUGGGCACCGCACCGCCAUUGCCGGCAUCUUUGGAUGAUGAAGGUGAUGGCAAAAAGACUGCAAAGCCUUUGGCUCUCAGCAAGAAUAUGUCUGACAAAGUCAGCGUGAUCAAGAAAAGCGUCAUCAACCCAGAGCCUCACUUGUCUAAAGACAGUGACGGUCUCGACCCCAUUCCUUGGCAAGACCGUGUCGAACAAAAGGCCUUGAUGGUUGUCCUCCGUGAUGUCAUCUGUUUUCCAUUGUCAGUUGCAGCUGCAAUAUUAAACAAUGGCAUUAAACCAUCUGAUGAUUUCCGUCUUCUCACAAAGGAGGACAUCAAUGAUCUCUGCAUGCGGCUCAAAGUGGGCUCCAUGCAUACCAAGCAAAUACUUGUCUUCGCAAAAUGGAUGCAUCACACACCCAACUCAGUUGAUGUUGCCAAAGAGUUCACAGCUUCCGUGCUACGCUUUGAGAUGAUGACUAGAGCUGCGGCAUUGUAUGAUAAUGUGACUACAACGGCUGCAAAGGCCGAAAAAUCGGCUACUAGCCUCUUGCCUGAACCGUUUGACGGUUUGCAGAAAAAGUGGCUCACUUUUUGUUAUGGUUUUGAAGCGUGGGCAGGCGCAAGUGGGUCCACUUUUACGUGCAUCACGCAUCAUUUGGAUUGGUAUUUGAAAGCCAACCCAACCUAUUACGUAGUAUAA